AUUCAAUCGGUAUCUUCCCUUGAAUAGGUUGCAGGAUGCAUAUCAACAGGACCUUGGUCAGUCCUUCAUUAUUUAUGUUACUGGCGAUUAUCCUCCCAGGCAUUGAGGCAGAGUUUAUACAAUAUAAAAUUAAUUCAACAGAUAACAAAACCGACUGUUUCGAAAGAGGGAUCAAUAUAAUAUGCUUCAAUAAAUUUCUAAAACCAGCUGCUGACACACUUAACGAUACAAGUUCCUCCAAUUUCCUAACGGCUUUAUGGCGAAAAAUUAGCAGUGAGGCGAAUGAAGCUAGUAAAUCCCGACAUAAGAGGCAGGCGACUGGGGUACCAGUCAGACAGGAAGUGAGAGCAGCUCCAUACGAAACCAACUUUUUACGUUAUGCACAAGCUGUACAGAGGUUGAAAAACCAUUUUGGAGUUCGUCCGGAUAUGAAUACAUAUGACAUCAUUGCAACAAUUCACACAGGUGGAAAUCGAGAACAUCGAGGUUCAGCUUUCCUCUCAUGGCACAGAAUUUAUUUGUUGUUAUAUGAAGCUGCACUGCAGGCUGUUUUUGGACCAGGUGUGACUACUCCAUAUUGGGACUCUUCAUUAGAUCAGGCCAUGGGAAAUAGACAGGCAAGAACAGUUUUAUUUUCAAACAGAUAUUUUGGGACACCAUUUGGUCGAGUUACAGAAGGCUUUUUUGCAAACUUACCUGGGCGAAGAAUAAGGCGUGCAAUUAAUAGUCCGGGAGGUUUGAUUUCUAAAAACGCAAUUGCGGCUGUGCUAUCAAGAACAAGUCAUAGUCAGAUUGUACGACAAGAUCAAAGUAGAUAUUGCUGGGAAUGUUAUCACGCUAGUGUACAUGUCUGGGUAGGCGGAGACAUGGAAGCGGGGGUUAGUGCUGCAUUUGAUCCAAUAUUCUGGUGCCAUCAUGCAUUUGUUGACUAUGUCUGGGAGUUGUUUAGAAGACGUAUUCCAAAUGCUCCUGCAGAUUAUCCAUUAGGUUUUCCGUUGCAUCCACCAGAUGAUCAAAUGCGAUUUAGCAAUUACAGAUACCAACCAAACCCUCCGAUAACAAAUAGAGAAGGCUACAGUAACAUAUAUGCCCGUCUGCGACGAUAUGCACCUGCCCCGUCGUGUCAAAAUCAGUGUUCGAAUAGUCCAGACUUAUUCUGUGACCAAAAUAGAGAUAUAUGUAUUUCUACAGAGGCAACGUCUGAAGUAUCAGGUGCACCAAGUGCAGGUGGCAAUGUUGCUUUCUUUGCUUCAGAUGCAGCUGUUGCUCCGAUUGAUAUUGCGUCUGGAAUGGCAGAUGUGACAACAACAGUGACAGCGUUACAAGAUAUCAGGAAUGAAAUAUUACAAGAUAUUCCGGCUGGCUCUCCUCUUAAUUUGUUUACGGCAAUUCAAAUCGAUCCGAACACUCGUCCUGUAUCUGUUUUUAGUGCAUAAUAUAAUUGCUGUAAAAGUACAUUAAACAGCAUGUGAAAUAUCCGCACAUGCUUGUAUCCAA